GAAUGAUUUGAUAUUCAUAUAAAAUGCAUAAUAGUAACAAAAUGCUUCCAGAAAGCAGUUGAUGCGCCCAUACAAAUGUCUAUUUUUGACACACACCCUCCUGCCUAGCGUGACGUUUUCCGAUUUCAGAUCAACAUUUGCAAUAAAAGCAACUUGUAAUGAUUAGAUUCCGCUCUAGAACCCUCCCCUUCCCGCUUCCGUUGCCAUUGUUCACUCGCCACACAAUCCAGGUUUAGUCUGGAAAUAUGCCUCACACACUUAUUCAACACAUUUACAGUAUAAAAUGGCUGGCUGCUCACCACUCAUCACAAUCACCGUGGAAGAUAAUCAAUAGAACAGAUGGAAUCAGAGGGUUUAGCCUGGUCGUCAGGCUAGCAGGCUAGCCAAGGCCCCUACAUAAUCCAGUAACAAUUUCGCAUCGUAUAUGAAAUUGUGCCAGUUACCUAGUGUUUUUUCUUCUCUCAGCACACAGCUAUGGUGCGUUCAAGGACCACCAAACAAAGUAGAAAUAAACAUUGUCGGUGAAGCAUAAAGACGUAAGUGUAACCCGCCUGCUUCACACAGCCCACGCCGCGGCUUGCGCACAGGACCUUCAGAUUGGGAGACGAGAGCACUGACCGCUCGGGCAAAAGCUGGACUGUUGACCGAGCGUUCAGGCCGAGGGAGUGAAGCUUUGCGCAGCUGCACUGGGUGGCAUCCGUUACAUACGCAUGCCAAAUUGUGGGCUCACAACUACGAUGCGUUCAAAGACGGCCAAACAAAGUGCGAUUAAACAUUGUCAGUGAAGAAUAAAGUCGUAAACGUGUCAAAAUUGGACCUGUAUGACCACGUAUUUAUAAACGAUGAGCCACUUAGGGUGAGUGAGAUGUGUUUUCUGCGGAGAAAACAAACUAUUCUCCUACACAAAAAUGACUUGAUGAGAAAUUCGCAACUUUGCAGGCCGUGAAUGCUGAAUCUAUAACAAAUACUGUUAAAUACAGCAUCGUCCUAUGAUAUAUCAUAUACAGUAGGGGUGUCAAUAGCACUUUGAACGCGGUAACAAAUUCAUUUCAUUAAUUGCAUUAACAUGUUUAGCGCCUUAAAGCACGCGCAUCAUGUCAAGCCACGCCUGUUCUCUUCUGUUCUGUUCCGACGCCAGACGGAAGCAUAGUGUCGUGUCCCCACACACAGACACACACACACACUUUUAUAACUUUAUUCUGACCUGAGGACAUCAAUAUCAGAGGAAUUCCAACACCAUAUAUGUAUUUCCUACUCACAAAACGCCUGUCAACUCCUCCUCGGAACCACACUUCCUCAUUGUCACCAGACAACAGCGAAGUGCGUUCAGGGACACUCCGAAAAUCACAAUGAUGACUUUAUUAUGCGUGUACUGUACGUGUGAUCAAACUAAACAGAAAAACAAAGAAAAACAAGAAGUGGAUAUUCUUAUCUCUCACUGACGUAACUCUUACUACGGAAGUACAAUUUGAUGCAUUUAAGUAUGCUCGGAUAUCCCAGGAAAUGCAUCUACACUCGAAACGUCAAUUCGACGUACAUUACGCGGUGUCUUUGAACGCAACCUUUCAUGGUUCAUAACAUGGUUAAACGUGUGUAUCAAAUACAAACUAAUAGAUUGUCAGACUAUCUUAGCUUGAUUUAAACUGUCAGUUCAUUUGGAGCUGUUAUUACAUAAUUACAUACAGUAUACAUACUGUACAUACAGUAAAACCUGCGAUUCAUUUGAUUACAAUUUUUUAUCAUUUGACAGCCCUACUGUUAUAAUAUUUGACAGAAAUGAAAAAUGCAUGUGCACAAAUGUAGGCCUCCAAAAAUCAUACGUGCCUUACCUCUGCUGGAUGUCUGACACUCUCUGCAGAUGAGUAAAUAGCAUUUGGACUAUUACACUGCAUAUAACAACAGGUAUGGCAAAGAUGAUUAUUAAUGGAGGUGUUAUGGUAGUAAUUGAUGUAUAUAGUACUUUGUGUUGUAGACACUAGCUUGAUGAUUUUUGCACCAUGUGAGUACAUUUUGGACAAAGGUGAGCUUUUACUUUUGUGUGGGCAUAAACAGGAAGUGUGAGUCCACAGUUGAGCUUCGUGGGGGGGUCGUGUCCCCUAUUAAGAGCCCAGUCAGGGAUGUUCGGGCUGCAGGUUCUACAUAGGCUGAACAUGGCUGCUGCUCGGACCCGGUAGGCUGCUCCGCCGUAGCAACUCCCCCUAACCCCUCCCUCGCUGAGCCCAGGCAGCAUCACCCUGCACACGGCUCAGACAUAUUUGGUCCUCCGGAAGCAUGCACGGUUCGGAUCUCUAAAUGGCUGUCACCCAAAAUGGCUUCUCAGUUGGCUGCAGUGCUGUCAAGAGGCAGUCCGGAGGUCCAAAAUGGUGGAGAACCAGCCCGGCCUGAGGACUCCAAGGGUACCCUCCCGUCCAACUGGGAUGCUCUGCCAAUCAAUGGGAGAAAGCCAGAGGUGGGCGGGACUUGUGAACCCACCCUCCAGCAAACUAGUGAUGAACUAAGGCAGCCAAUCAAAGCCAAAAUGGUGGCUCACACCUCUGCCGCCAUCCUGACCAAAGACUCUACUGGCUCCCAUUUAGAAACAAACCAAAUAUCUGUUGUGAAGAUCAACGAGGAGGAGGAGACCCUCCACUCUGAUUGGUUGGUGCCCCAUGGCGUUAAAUUACUGGGCGGGACGGAACAGGCGGAGGAACAGAGCGAGCCACUGGACUUGAGUCUACCCAAGAGACGAGACAACCGAGAGACGAGAUAUGGACGCUUCCUGGACGCUUGCGAGAGCUCGCUGAUUAUGGAAGUGGAUGAAUACGACGGCGAGGGCGACAGAGACGUGGUGGAGGAGGACAAUGAACACCUUCCCUCCUUUUUCACCACCUCAAUCAAUGAUCUUCUCCUCAUAGACGACCAGGGCAUCCCGUAUACUCUCAGCCCGGAUGGACUGAGGGUGCCGCAAGUGGACGCCCCCACAACGUCCGAGGCCCCUCAACUGUCCUCACAAGAAAACCUCAGCCAAAGUUUAGAUGAUGCACCUUCUGGUCACCUGAUCACUUCACCGGUUAUGGAUUCGCCGCCUUCCGACGCCUUGCCCCCAGUGCCCAGUCAAGCCAUCCAGAUCCUUACCAGCCCCUCAACCGGCGCCCCCAUUCUGCUGUCCUCAGCGCCACUCAGUCUGACUCUUCCGCCCGGUGCUUCCACCCCCAUGUUCCUUCUCCUGUCCUCCAGUGAGUCUACCUCCACCCCGAUCGCGGUCCUAGACCCCUCUACGGGUCAGUUGUCCCAGAUCACCGCCCCCAUCUCCUUCCCUCAGGGGAACCUGUUGCCUCAUCCUGUCAUGGGCGGUGCCCCUCAUCUCGCCACUUCGCUCAGUCACACGAACUCCCGUGGAAGUGAAGCCAUAUCUACUGAGCAGGUCUCAAACCAGAGUGACAAGCCAUUGACUAGUUUGACCCCUGAUCCCUCAGACAUCCAGUCCCCUGCCCCCGACCCCCAACCAGACUCAGAGCACUUACCUCUGGACGACCACCUUUACUUCUCCAGUUCCGCCGCUCCGUCAUCACCACCCAAACUGGAGCCCCUCGACCCACUGGACCCUCUCUCCCCUGCCGAGUCGCCCAACGACCCGGCCGCCCGCCGGGUGCUGUACUGCCAGCUGUGCCCGAGGGUCUUCUUUUACCUCUCUGACCUGGAGCGCCACCGCAUCACACACUCGCAGAAGAAGCCGCACGUUUGUCAGCAGUGCGGCAAAGCCUUCAAGCGCUCCAGCCAUCUGCAGAGACACAAGCACAUCCACACGGGCCAGAGGAACUUUGUGUGCCCCAUCUGCGCCAAACGCUUCAGGGAGGCCGGCGAGCUCCAGCGCCACCAGAGGGUCCACACGGGAGAGAAACCCUACCAGUGCCAACUUUGCCACACGCGCUUCGCCGAGCGCAACACGCUGCGACGUCACACCAAACGCAAGCACCCUUACCACCAGGUCGCCAUGGAGAUGCUCAACGAGCGGAGCAACGGCGGCGGCAGCGUGCAGGGAGGUCGUGGGGAAGAAGAGGAACCCGCUGAAUGGUACAGCUCCACUGUGUCACAACUGGACAACUCCGAGUCGGAAAUGGAGGCUUAACAAAGCAUAACUAGCAUACAAAGACGGGAGCACUUGCAAUAUUUCUUUUAUUUCUAUGAAUGUAUGUUAUUCUCAUUCCAUUCAAUGGCCAACAAAUACCUUUCACUGGUGGUCCUCGGGUUACGAACCACUUCCGUUCCUAGACUGUGAUGCUGGGCCAGUCGGAACUGAAGCGAUACCCAAAUGACACGCAUGCGAAAAUGAAAUUCCAAGAAUGAAGUAGAACAAAAGGGUAACAAAAAGUUCCUCACCUUUAUCUUCGUAACAGCGCACCGAAUCCAUGACCCCUCUAGCAUUCAUUUGCAUUCAGUCAUCUUUAUCCUUAAUGAUGGUGGGCGUGUCUCCUCUCGCUCAUUUUCACUUCCAUUUUUUACGGCUUUCCUUUUCUUUGUCGCACUCACGAAGUGAUAAAAGUCAACCAAUAAGCGGUGUUAUCCUUACAGUUGCACCGUGUCUUUUUUUAUACCCAUAACUUUACGCUUCUCAAGACUGAUCUACUUUUUCAAAUGUAUAUUUAAGUGUAGUUUGUGCGCAUCUGGAGGUAAGAAGGACUGGAACGAAUUAAGAUUUGACCAACUUGUACCACAUAACUACUCUCAGGAGAACCAGAGUAUAGAGGGGAGGGAGCCACCUGCUGUGCCCCAGCAAGGUGCACUGUAUUCGGGCACACGCUCCGAGCAGCCGGCGGACCGCCAUGGAGGUCUCUGGCAAACCUUUUGCACUUUUCAAACGUCAUGGUGUUACUUUUUUUUUAAAGCUAAUUUAGGCGUCAGAUAAUGAUGUCAUUUUAGUUAGAUUUAUUUUAAUAAAUUUAAUAAUAAUAUAAAAAAUACAACAAUUUGAAAAAUAAAGAAAUAAAUGAUAUUUUCUGUUCCUUAUGGUAACUGACUCUUAUUGAAUUUGAGUUGCAUUUAACAUUCAUAAUCCAAUAGUGAAUUAUUUGAUUGGUGAAUUAUUAUGGUGAUUUUCUAUAUAUAUAUAUAUAUAUAUAUAUAUAUACAGUAUAUAUAUAAAUUAAAAAAAUUUUUUGUUCCCCUAAACGACAUUUAUAGCUAAUUUAGGUGUCAGACAAUGAUGUCAUUUUAAUUAGAUGUAUUUAAAUGAUAAUUAUUAUUUAAUUAAUUAAUUAAUACAAUUAUCAAUAUAAUAAAAUAAAAAUAUAAAAUAUUAUUAUUGAUUUUAUUCAAAUGAAUCCAAGCUCCCCCGCCCCCAUUGGUACAACGUCCUUCCUUUUAAAGUGAAUGUUUGUUUACAAGUGAAGCUCAGGGGAAGUUACGACAGGCCAUUAACGUCGCAGGCAGGAGAAGAAAGCAGCGCUUGAUUUGACCACCCGCACAGGAACAGUAAUUAAAUCAAUUGUGAAUUUAAAUAUAUGUAUGAUUUAAUAAUGAAUGAAAGCAGUGUAUUUAUUUAUUUUAAACCAUGAAGUAUAUUGAGGUAGCGGGGUGAUUUCCAAUGUAGCCGAGCUAAUCAACAAGAAGAGUAAAACAGAGGACAGAAAUCAUAUCAAAUAUGUGAAAAUGGUAUUUUAAACCAUAGAAAGAAAACAAGUCAAAUAAUGAAGCCAUUAAAUGAAAUGAUUGAUUUUUAAGAACUACUAUAAGAAGGAAAACGUUAUUCACAGUUCACACGUGAGCAUAGAGUUGGAAUUUCCGCACAUCACUGCCGUAAACCGAGGUCCACCUGUACGCCCUUUUAGGCUAAACGCUCCAGAUUGAAAUUCUUUGAAAUUGCAUUCCCAAUCAAUCAAUUACCUUAAAGUGCUUAAAAAAACAGGUCAAAAUGAAUCUCAGUGUCUUGUUGUAUUUAAAGAGGAGCUGCACUACUUUGUCAGAAACACUGUGAAUCAUUUGCACUUGUUUUAUGGAACAUUUUUACUCCAAGGAAAAAAAGCUUUUCAUGUCUUGUUUUGCUUGUUGAUUUGAUGUAUGAAAUACACAAAGCCUAUCCAGACUAUAUACGCUAUAUAUACAGUAUAUAGUCACAUCUGUUUAUACAGUAUAUAUACGGUAUAUAUUCACAUCUGUGGAGUCGUUCAAUAAA